CCUGCGAGGUUUUGGUCGGUCCUUUUAAAAAAGCUUGUGAGGGGGAGAGGAGACGGUCGGAAAGGAAACGGGGAAGUAAAACAGUGAGUGAGAGAGGGAGUGAGGGAGAGAGAGAGAGAGAGCUAGCUAGAGAGAGAGAGAGGAGAGUGCAUGAACGGGGCUGGUGUAAUAGAAGAGGACGCUUUUGUAACAGAAGAGGAAACCUUUGAAACUUGAGGGACCAGAGAGCAGCACAAGGGACAUCACCACCAUCAUCACCACCCCUGGAUUUACCUCAGACAAGCCUGCUUUUUUUUUUUUUGCUUUAUUUCCCACAAAUCCACACACACAACUGACACAAGUGCGAAGAUGUCUGGCCAGAGCAUAACGGACAGGAUAACCGCAGCUCAGCACAGUGUCACCGGCUCGGCGGUGUCCAAAAUCGUCUGCAAAGCCACCACGCAUGAAGUCAUGGGACCGAAAAAGAAACACUUGGACUAUCUGAUCCAAUGUACGAACGAGAUGAAUGUGAACAUCCCUCAGCUGGCGGACACGCUGUUCGAACGCACCGCCAACACCAGCUGGGUUGUAGUGUUCAAAUCCCUCAUCACUACCCAUCAUCUUAUGGUGUACGGCAAUGAGCGAUCUAUUCAAUACAUGGCUUCCAGAAACACAUUAUUCAACCUCAGUAAUUUUUUGGACAAAAGUGGCUUACAAGGCUAUGAUAUGUCCACUUUUAUCCGGAGGUACAGCCGCUAUCUCAAUGAGAAGGCUGUAUCCUACAGACAGGUGGCGUUCGACUUCACCAAAGUAAAGAGAGGGGCAGACGGUGUGAUGAGGGUAAUGAACACAGAGAAGCUCCUGAAGACUCUUCCAAUUGUACAAAAUCAGAUGGACUCUCUUCUCGACUUCAAUGUCAAUGCAAACGAACUCACAAAUGGAGUCAUCAAUGCCGCCUUCAUGCUCUUGUUCAAAGACGCUAUCCGGCUGUUCGCGGCUUACAACGAAGGCAUCAUCAACUUGCUCGAGAAGUACUUCGAUAUGAAGAAGGUCCAGUGUAAAGAGGGGCUCGACAUCUAUAAGAAAUUCCUCACCCGCAUGACGAGAAUCUCCGAGUUCCUCAAGGUCGCUGAGCAAGUGGGCAUCGACCGAGGAGACAUUCCAGACCUGUCUCAGGCCCCGAGCAGUCUCCUGGAUGCAUUGGAGCAGCACUUGGCUUCACUAGAGGGGAAAAAGGUGAAGGACUCAACUGCAGCCAGCAGAGCAAGUACGCUGUCCAAAGCCGUGUCCUCCCUGGCGAACACGGGCAUAUCUUUCACCAAAGUGGACGAAAGGGAAAAGCAGGCAGCCUUGGAGGAGGAACAGUCUCGUUUGAAAGCACUUAAGGAGCAACGCGUCAAGGAGCUCUCUAAAAAGCCUUCCACUUCCUCGACCACGGCCGCCUCUCCAGUAUCCACGGCGUCUGGCAGCAUCAGCACCGCCCCCGCCAUUGACCUUUUCUCCACAUCGAGCUCCAACAACAGUGUUUCAAAGGUGCCAAAUGAUUUGCUGGACCUGCAGCCAGCAUUCCAGCCAUCGCUGCAGCUGCCCACUGCUCUGCCUGUAACCAACACAUGGGGAGGUUUUUCAGCAGCGCCUAUUCCCCAGCCAGCCAGCUCUUCUGGCCUCAACGUCGACUUCGACUCGGUGUUCGGCAAUAAAUCCAACACUAACGGUACAGAUGCUGCCGGUGAUGUUUUAGGCGGUAUUCUGAAACCCACAGUCACGUCACCUAACCAAGGUCUGCCACCCAGCAUCCAACAGCCUAAUAAACUGGUGUCUGAUGACCUUGACUCCUCUCUGGCCAACCUUGUGGGCAAUCUGGGUAUUGGAAAUGGCACAAUGAAAAACGACAUCCAUUGGAGUCAACCAGGUGAAAAGAAGCUAACUGGUGGAAACAACUGGCAACCAAAGAACGCUCCGACUACAACUUGGAAUCCUGCUACAAUGAAUGGCAUGCAUUUCCUACAAUACGCGCCGUCCGUCAUGGCUUUUCCUGCCACAACACCCACAGGCAUGAUGGGAUACACAAUGCCAACCCAGAUGACUCCAAUGACCAUGAUGACACAACCCACCAUGAUGUACACACAGCCUGUGAUGAGGCCGGCGAACCCCUUUGGCCCACUCUCAGGAGCACAGAUGCAGUUCAUGUGAAUCCGGAAAGCGUCUGCUUCUUGAGGACGAAGAAAACAGCUGUCGAUCUCAAAACCUUUAAUCUGUCCCCAGUUCACUGUUCAACUCUUGAGCUGCGAGCACAGCCCCAGUACUGACUCUUACUCGGACAGGACACAGGGA